AUGGCUGGUCCCGUGCCCAUCGCUCACUCUCUGAGUGACAUCUACACCUCAGAUGCCCUGCCGUCUCAAACCAAGAGGUGGAAUAGGCUCCUGGCCAAGUUCGAGUCGCUUCACGGCCGUGCGCCUGAAUUCGUCUCGCGGGCUCCGGGCCGGGUGAAUGUCAUCGGCGAGCACAUCGACUACUCGCUGUACCCGGUGCUGCCCAUGGCCAUCACGGCCGAUGCCUUGCUCGCCGCGUCAACCGAUCCUACCCCUACCGAGGCCAGCACCUUCAAGAUCACCAUCGCCAAUGUGCAGGAGGCAAAGUUUCCCGCCCAUGAGUUCGACAUUCCUUUCGAUGCCGUGGACAUCGAUGCCACCGUCCAUGAGUGGACCAACUACUUCAAGUCCGGCCUCCGUGGCGCAUUAGAGCUGCUCCGCAAGAAGAAGGGCCCUGACUUCAAGCCUAAGAGCAUGAGGAUCCUCGUCGACGGCACUGUCCCGACGGGCGGCGGCCUGAGCUCCAGUGCGGCCUUUGUGACCGCCAGCGCUCUAGCUGUCAUGGUAGCCAACGGGGAGGAGACCGUCGACAAGACCGAGUUGACCGAGCUGGCCAUUGUGAGUGAGCGCGCAGUAGGCGUGAACUCUGGCGGAAUGGACCAAUCUGCCUCGGUCUUCUCCGAGCGUGGCUCCGCCCUCUUCGUCUCUUUCACCCCGACCCUAAAGGCACGCCCAGUCCAGUUCCCCGAGACCGACCCGGCACUAGUCUUCCUCAUUGCCCAAUCCUUCGUCACCUCCGACAAAUUCGUCACCGGGCCCAUCCACUACAACCUCCGCGUGGUAGAAUGCACGCUCGCAGCAGCCUACCUCAACGCAGCCCUCAACCCACCCGGCACCACGCUCCCCACCGACGCCGCCCCCCUCGGCAUCAGUCUGCACGGCUUCCAAGAGACCUACUUCGCCCUCCAAGAGCAGGCGGGACGCGCCGCCCAAUCGGCCCCCGAGCAGCUGCAGGAGCUUAUCACACUGACCUCGCAAACGCUCACCAAAGCCGAGGGCUACACGCGCGAGGAGAUCGCCACGGUGCUGGGCCUGACCGUCGACGAGCUCGAAGCCCGCUUCACCUCGCGCUUCCCCGUGCGCGCCGAGCGCUUCAAGCUGGCCCAGCGCGCGCAGCACGUCUUUGGCGAGGCGCUGCGCGUGGUGCAGUUCCUAGCGCUGCUCGAAUCCGGCACCACCAACAACAACAGCCCUGACAUUGGCACGCAACUCGGCGUCCUCCUCAACGCCACCCAAGACUCCUGCCGCGACACCUACGAGUGCAGCUGCACCGAGAUCGACACCCUGUGCGCCCUGGCGCGCGCCGCCGGCGCCUACGGCAGCCGCCUGACCGGCGCCGGCUGGGGCGGCUGCAGCGUGCAUCUGGUUCCCGCCGACCGCGUGGCGGCCGUGCGUGAGGCCUGGCAUCGGGGCUACUACGGCGAGUUGGAGCUUACGGCGGAGCAGCGCGAGGCGGCGGUGGUGGGCGACAAGUGUUGCGAUUACGGAACAUACUAG